AUGGCCAUCUACAAGGUGAAGGUGGCCACGGGUGACAUGCUCGAAGCUGGGACCAACAACUCCAUCUCCAUCACCUUGGUGGGCAGCCGUGGCGAGAGCCGCCGAACGACCAUGAACUACGUGUUCCUGCCAGCGACGGAGAAGGACCUGGCCGUGCGCUGCGAGCAGGACUUGGGUCCCAUCGUCCUCAUCCGCUUGCACAAGUGGCGGCUUUUCUUGGAGGACGCCUGGUUCUGCAAGGAUGUCCGUGUGACAGCCUCCGACGGCACCCUCUACCGCUUCCCCUGCUACCAGUGGCUGGAGGGGAUCACCACGGUGGAGGUCCGGGAGGGCUCCGGGAAGAAGCUGGUGGACGAUGAGCUGGAGAUCCUCAAGGAGCAUCGGCGACAGGAGCUGAAGGCACGGCAGGAGGCUUACCAGUGGAAGACCUUCGCUGAGGGCUGGCCCCGUUGCCUCAAUGUGGGCUCCAUCUUCGAGCUGGACUCCAAUGUUAAAUUCUCCUGCGUGAGGGCAACCAACUUCAACGGUGUCCUCAUCUUCCAAGGGGCCUCCCACCUUCUGGCAGGGUUCCUGUUGAGACACACCUCCUGGAAGAGCCUGGAUGAGAUGCGCAGCAUCUUCUCCCGGACACAGGUCCCCGAGUAUGUGGCCAGGCACUGGCGAGAAGAUGACUUCUUCGGUUACCAGUUCCUCAAUGGCAACAACCCCAUCAUCAUCCGGCAAUGCACGGCACUGCCAACCAAAUUCCCGGUGACACCGGAGAUGGUGGCCGGCUCUUUGGGUGGUGGCACCAACCUGGCCAAGGAGUUGCAAGAGGGUCGGAUCUUCAUCGUGGACUAUGAGGUGCUGGAGGGCAUCCCAGCCGGCACCAUCCACGGGCGCCAGCAGCAUGUGGCGGCACCGCUCUGCCUGCUGCACCAGGGCGCCGACGGGCUCCUACGCCCCAUCGCCAUCCAGCUCAGCCAAACGCCGGGACCCACCAGCCCCAUCUUCUUACCGAGCGAUGCCGAGUGGGACUGGCUGUUGGCCAAGACCUGGGUGCGCAACGCUGACUUCUACAGCCACCAGCUCCUCACACACCUCUUGAGGACCCACCUCUUUGGAGAGGUCUUCGCCAUCGCCACCCUACGCCAACUGCCCACCUGCCACCCCCUCUUCAAGCUCCUCAUCCCCCACUUCCUCUUCACGUUGCACAUCAACACGUUGGCCCGGAGCGUCCUCAUCAACCCUGGUGGCGUUAUCGACAAGGCCUCGGGGGUCACCCAUGAAGGGCUGCUGCUGGUUGUCCAGCGGGGCUUGGAGAAGGUCACCUACACCUCCCUCUGCCUCCCCGAUGACAUCCGCCACCGCGGCAUGGCCCACCUCCCCAACUACCACUACCGGGAUGACGGGAUGAGCCUCUGGAAAGCCAUCGAGAGUUUCGUCUCCGGCAUCGUGGCUUUCUACUAUGGGGACGACGCAGCGGUGAGUGGGGACACCGAGCUGCAGGCGUGGGUGAUGGACAUCUUCACCAACGGCUUCUUGGGCAGGACCUCCUCAGGUAUCCCCUGCUCGCUGCAGACAGUGGCGCAGCUCAGCAAGUUCCUCACCAUGGUGAUGUUCACCUGCUCAGCCCAGCACGCAGCCGUCAACAACGGGCAGUAUGACCUGGGCGCCUUCCUCCCCAACGCCCCGCCCUCCAUGCGUCACCCGCCACCGGCGGCGAAGGGCAAGGCUUUUGACACGGUCCCUGAGGUGGACACCACCGCCAACAUCCUGGUGGCCCUCAUCCUCCUCAGCUCCCGCCUCAAUGACGUG